AUGGCCAGCAGGACAACAAACGAUAUCGAGACAACCAACCCGUACGCUGGUCAUGCGGAAUGCUCCGAUUUAGAAGCAGAGGUGUUGUGGGAGUAUGCCAAGCUGGCUAAAGCGAUCCGACGGGUGGACGCUUUGGCCAGGGAUACUGCAGAUAACCCCAAUGACAAGCUUCUGGAAGACUUGCGAGUGCUAGAAAAGAAGAUGGGACUGGUCUUGACCUUGUUCAAAGCCUCGGUCUGGGCUCUGAUUACGGAUCAAGAAGCAGCAGAGGAACAACGCAAGAUGGAGGAGGAUCGUAAACAACGGGAACUUGACGAGCGGGAUCAGAACUCGAGGAACGAGUCGAGCAGGACGAGCGGUUACACGGGGGAUGAGAGCUUUUAA